GAACCUACCUCCAACUUCACCUCCGCAGUCGCCCAUCUUUCCCUUGCACGAAAUCUCAUACAGUCACAAUGUCCUCCAAAUCUCUCUGGAGGAGCAUCCAGCAGGGUGCCAAACGAAGCAGCGUUGCCCCCCGAAGCUCCUUCCGCUGCUUUUCAUGUUCCGUACGCGCCAGACAGGAGCAGACGCCCAAGACCGACGCCAAUGGCCGCAUGACGCAUUUCGGAUUCGAGACGGUCCCAGAGGCUCAAAAGGAGACGUUAGUUGGAGCGGUAUUCAGCUCCGUCGCAGCGUCCUACGAUACAAUGAACGAUCUCAUGUCCCUUGGCAUCCACCGUCUGUGGAAAGAUCACUUUGUCCAAUCCCUAAACCCGGGCUCAUCGAUCCCUUCGCGCCUCAAUGAGACCGAGAAAGGAUGGAAUAUCCUCGACAUCGCCGGCGGGACCGGCGACAUCGCAUUCCGCAUGCUUGAUCACGCUACUAAAAUCAACAACGACCACAAGACACGAGUCACAGUCGCGGAUAUCAAUAAGGACAUGCUGGCGGAGGGCAAGAAGCGCAGCAUCGAGACACCUUACUACAACACCGAUAGACUAUCGUUCCGGCAGGCCAACGCGGAGAAGAUGCCGGACAUUCCGGACAACUCGGUCGAUCUGUACACGGUCGCGUUUGGCAUUCGUAACUUUACCGACAAGCAGGCCGCGCUGAAUGAGGCGUUCCGGGUGCUGAAGCCUGGUGGUGUGUUUGCGUGUAUGGAGUUCAGCAAGGUUGAAAACAGCCUGUUUAAUGAGGUCUACAAGCGAUGGAGCUUCAGUGCGAUUCCUAUGAUCGGACAGAUUGUCGCGGGUGAUAGGGCCAGUUACCAGUAUUUGGUGGAGAGUAUCGAGAGGUUCCCGAGCCAGGAGGAGUUCCGCGGCAUGAUUCAGAAGGCUGGUUUCCUGAUCCCGGGCGUUGGGUAUGAGAAUCUCAGCUGUGGUAUUGCGGCCAUCCACAAGGGUGUGAAGCCGCUCCGCAAAGAGUAAAUUUGUGCUAUGAAUGAGAUGUGGCAUUAGCUUUGAAAGUCCUUGCACUUGUUAUCAUUGUCGACACAAGGCGAGAACUUUCAAGCUUCGUGGGAGAUAUCAGUCUCGUCUCCCAAACGAGACAUGCCACCGUGGUUGCACGAGAGUAUAACAUCCGAUCUGCAUGCGACCUCCACGAGAAGAAGUGUGCAUGCCGAGGGGAUAGAUACGUCUGUACUAUAUCGUCGAUUUUUAUUUAUCAUGUAUUACUGGAUCUAAGAAACAGACUCUCUACACGAUGCUAAAUCCUAGUCUCGGCCUCGUGC